AUGGCAACCAUGAGAGAGUCUAACAUUGGCUCUGUCCAGGGCGUCACGCCUAUUGCUAUUCAGGUCUUUGCUACGACUCCAGAUCGAGGACUACCUAAUGAUUGUCUAUAUACUAUCUUGAUCGUGUUUCUCAACAUUGACCUGAAUGUCUCGACCAAUCUCAUCGAUCCCGCGACCCCUGUUGUCUUGACGCCCGAGGAGAUAUCCCAGCGUACCUGGGGAUCCAAGACUGUUCUCCUCGUCGAACAGUGCAUGUGCGCUGUGCAAUGGGGAACCAAGUGUUGUCUCCUUCUUCUCUACUGGCGCCUCACUCAGAAUCUCAAGCAAGCCCUAGUGGUCAAAAUCGCCUCCGCAUAUGUCGCUAUCACCUACGUCGUCAUGGAAAUUUUCUAUUUCGCCGUCUGGUGUCGACCGUUCCACGACUAUUGGCAAACUCCGACCAACAACACGCAGUGCACCACGGCCUUGCACCAUCUCAUCAUGAACUUGGUCUUCAACCUCAGCAGCGACGUCUUGAUCUUGUCCAUCCCUCUCCCGCUCUUUGUCAGAGCCCACCUAGAACUCAAGAAGAAGAUUCUCCUGGUGUUUCCGUUCAGCCUGGGUCUGUUUACCAUGCUCUGCGCAAUCUUGAGCAAGCGCCUGAGUUUCACUCAUCCCUACAGUUCCGAGUGGGUGUAUUGGUACUGCCGCGAAGCAAGCACUGCCAUGAUUGUCACGAAUAUGCCUUACAGCUGGGCACUGAUCCGACGGAUCUUCAAUCUGCGAUCCUUCUUUGGCGACUCGACCACCGGCCGUCUGCAGGCGGGACACCCGAGAGAACUUCAUGGAUACAGUCCGGAUGCAAUUGCCCUGGAUAGUCAAUCGCGAUCGCGACAAGCGAGCCGAACAGACGGAGACGAUAGAAAGUCAUCGUGGCAUCGCCUCAAACUUCACCGGACAAAAGACGACACCUCCAAUCCCUGGACACAUGGUGAGUUGGCCGCAGAAAAAGAAGUCAGGAUCGAAGCCGCCACGGCAUCGAGCAGCACCAGUAGUGCCGGAUCUGUUCGAAGACCACCACCUGCAGCUAACACGGACUGGACCUUGGAUCGUCUGUACCCCUUGGAUGAUGAGGAAAUCACGGGCCCAGAUGUAACGCACCGAAGAUACGAGGGUGUGUGA